GGGAGGGUGGCGGUGUCGCGGUGUGUCGCUGAGCCGCUGCCCCGGCCGAGCUGGCAGCAGGGGCAAGGAGGGUGGGUGCGGAGUGCGGGGCCGCGCCUGGGGAGCGCUCGGGCUCGCAGCCCCCGCCGUGCCCGUCGCGGGUCCGGCGGUGCCAGCAUGGUGGAUGUGUUCAGCGGGCGGCUCCUGGUCAGCAAGGAUGGCCGCAGCGUGGACCCCGAGGAGGCUCUGCAGAACAAGGUCGUGGGCUUGUACUUCUCUGCCGGCUGGUGCUCGCCGUGCCGCGACUUCACCCCCGUCCUCUGCGACUUCUACACGGAGCUGUUGGAGGAGACCGACCCCCCAGCCCCCUUCGAGGUCGUCUUCAUCUCCUCCGACCACAGCGCCGAGGAGAUGGUGGGCUACAUGCACGCCAUGCACGGAGACUGGCUGGCCCUGCCCUUCCACGACCCCUACAAGCAUGAUCUGAAGAAGAAAUACAACAUAACAGCAAUUCCUAAGCUGGUGAUUGUGAAACAAACUGGAGAAGUCAUUACUGACAAGGGAAGAAAACAGAUCAGGGACAAAGGGCUAUCCUGUUUCCGGAACUGGCUUGCGGGUGCAGAUAUCUUUCAGAAUUUUUCUAGCUAAAAUGUUGACAAAUAAAAGCAAGAAAAGGCAUCAUGGAAAACUUGGUAGAGCUCUGAAAAGACUCUUGCUUUGUUCAGAAUGAGAAAGGUAUGACUUGUUUAUUUAUCUUUGCUUGUAAACAGAUUUUGGGUUUGACUUGAAGACCAGUUAUUCCAGUGUCAUAAAAUGCAAUUACUGUUAUAUUUGUAUUGUUCUAUCUCUACUGUAUUUAGUAUGAACCAAAGCAUUCCAAAUAAUACUGAAGGACUUCAGAGGAAUAGCCUGUUUAGACAGUAAUAAUAGGAACCUGUGAAAUCUAUGCAAACACUAACUUUGCAAAGUCAACACUGUAAAAUAAAUGCAAAAAACCUAUU